AUGGCGAAUGGAACUAGAAAAAGGAGAAGGGAAACAUAUAUUGUAACAUUUACCACAAGUCCGACUGUCACACACCACUUAAUUAACACAGUGAAUAUGAGAAAAUGUAUGUCGUCCUUUGUCCAGCACCACAAUAAUAGUGACACCAUGGAAGUUGAUGAGCUGUACUACCCUGGCAGUCAGAACCAGGAAGAGUCCCAGUGUCACCCUAUGGCCAUGGGAGACAUGGAGGCGGUGGAGGCUCUUAUGUUCAUGAACACCCACAGGAAAGCCAGGACUUCCAGGAGUUUCAAGCACAGAGAGUUCCGACCUCUGACCCCUUCCUCUGACUUCUCAGAGGAUGACUCUCGUCUCUCACUUGACCCGGCUGAGGUCCAAGAGUCUCUGUGUAUGACCCCACCAUACAGCCCGCCAAACUCUGAGGCCAUUUACAGUCAUCCUUCUCCAGAGACAGUGCUGCAGCAUCCAGUGGCAGUACAGACCUCCUGGUGCCAGAGCCAUAACCCACGGCCAGAACAGCAGGGCUUGACACAGACAGUCAGCCAGUCCCCGAUCACAGGCCACCAGUGUGAUCCGUCACACUGCAGAUGCACAGCACUGCAGCUGGAGCAUCUGUCCAGCCGCCCCCCUGGAGCACAGACUACCCCAACCCCGGCCCCAUCAGCCCCAGCCAAGCCCAGACAGCACCAACAACCCCCUGGCAGAUAGGCUAUCUGACAGGGACUCCAAAGGGAACAUGACACCCCUUGACUCCUAUGCUGCACCAGCUGCCACCCAGGCUCCGGUUACUGUGACUCUGCCAGCCUCUGUUGGUAAAUUCCACCAGCCUACAUCGGUGUCCCCUGUCAACUGUGGGGUUUCUCCUUCUCCUGUUCCGGUUUACUGCCAGAUACUACCUGCUGUGCCUACUGCAACGAACAGUCAUAUUCCAAUGGUCACCACCACCAGUCACCAACAACAGUCAGUAGCAGUUGGUCCUCCUUCAGUCUUCUUCAUGGGUGACCAGGUGACAAAGGGCCCUAUCAUCUUCUUGGUUCCCCGGCCAGUUGUCCCGAUCCAGCCGUCAGUGCUGACCCCUGGUGGCACCAAGCUGCCAGCCAUCGCCCCAGCGCCAGGCUUCACCUCAGUGGUCCAGCGGAGCAGCCCGCAGCCCGCUGAGGUGUCCAGAGUCCGCAGCCAUAUCUGCCCCCACGAGGACUGUGGCAAGACCUACUUUAAGAGCUCCCACCUCAAGGCCCACAUGAGGACUCACACAGGUGAGAAACCUUUCAAGUGUAGGUGGGAAGGCUGUGAGAGACGCUUCGCCCGGUCCGACGAGCUAUCACGCCACCGUAGAACCCACACGGGAGAGAAGCGCUUCGCCUGCCCCAUGUGCCACAGCCGCUUCAUGCGUAGCGACCACCUGGCCAAGCACGCCCGUCGACACCUAGCCACCAAGAAGGUGGGAGUCCGUCACAGCGGUGAUGUUACACAUGCAGUGUUUUUGGCACCGUUCCUUCGUUCUCUGCCCUGAACAAACUGUUGCCUUAAAGACACUGUAGAAUAAGCUGUUUCUUCAUUAAAUAGGAAGGAACUCAUUCACUGUGAUACUGCUCACUUCAAUGCAAUUAAUUACAUGUUGAAUUCUUAUAGAACUAUAGAAUUGUUAGACGUGUUUAAAGUUUCUUGACUUACAAUUUCAUAUUUCAUUCAGGUCCACUUGAGAGAUUAUGUUGUUAUUAGCGUUUCAAUGUGUGAUGAAUGAUAGCAGGGUUUUACUCCUUUACAUUGAGUUUGAUGAACUCUUACUUGUUGAAGAUUAUGCAUUUUUUAUAUUUUAGUCAUUUAGCAGACGCUCUUAUCCAGACCGACUUACUUGAGUGCAUACAUUAUUAUUU